AGAGAAUGAAGAGAAUUCGGAAUUUCUAGUAAAUUAAAAUAAUAAUGGAUAAACUUGGACUCGGCUGUCCGUUUGCUUUCCUUGGUGCAAAGGAGGGAAGACCGCAGGGUAUCAGGGCCAAACCAGAUAUACUCCAGCUAAACUACGACUGUUAUUUGGAGAUACUUUCGUACCUGACUGCACUCGAGGAUCAACUAAAUCUGGGCCGCGCCCAUAUUUUGUUCCACCAAGUGCUGGCGAACAUAUUGCCUACGCGGUAUAGCAAGAUCAAUGUGAAGAUGCUGAAAUCCAUUCAGGACUGGGACUAUAUGCUGCAACUGUGCGGUUCCAGUGUGGUGCGGUGUGAGGUGCCCCACGGCCGCUGGGAUGAGUCCGUCACCCAUCCAUUUCUGGGUCUGCUCAACCAGCACUGUUCGAAUCUGCAACAACUUGUGCUGAUAUUCAUGCACUCGGACACGGACACGCCGCCCGCUUCGAGGGACAGCAGAAAUGGACACGCUAACAUUAUGCAGCUGCUGAUGGAGCUUCCUGGACUGAGAAACCUGACGCUAAUCGAUGCCAGGGCACCUCAGCUUGAGCAGUUGCAACAUUUCGGUGAACUGCAAGCCCUAGAUGUGGAUGGCAUUGACGUCAAUCUGAGUGAAGAGAAUUUCGUGCAGAUGUUCCACAACAAGGAGAAUUUGUGCCGGCUCUUGUUGAACUUUGGACGUGCCCUGAAACGCACAUAUCAGCUGCCCCAAGUGUCUGACCAUUGUGCUCAGCUGGAACAUCUGACGCUGGAGAACUUCGACUUGAACCUGCCCGAUUUUGGAGAUUUUAGGUCUCUGAAAUCUCUGCGUAUGAUCUCGCGCUGGAUUGGAGAAGUGAACAGCGAUUUCUACAGAUCGUUGGCCAAACGCUAUGCUGAUCACUUAGAGCAGCUGCAGUUCCUGUCGAUUCGUGUUGGAGCGGCCCAAGUGCAUCACAUACUGGCACUUAAGAGAAUCAAAGCGCUCGAAUGUGAUAAUUGGCCAUCGGAAGCUGUUGAAAAAUUAGGUCUACUAACUGAACUCGAGUGCUUGGCCAUAGAAUGUAUUAAUCCCGUUAAGGCAGUCAAUUGUCAGCUUCUGUCGGUCCUAAGCAGCUGCUCCAAGCUGGCGCAUCUGAAGCUGGGCAAGCGUUGGCAAAUGACCAGCUCUGAGGCGAUAAGAUUUCUCUCCGAUGUGCGAGAAGUUCGUUUGGGUUCCAAAACGAAGCUACUGCUGACGAUUUCGUUUAUCAAAUUGAAAGAACAUCAACAAGUGUUGAAUGAUUUGUUCACAAAUGACACACAUUUGCGGCUUGGUUUCCAUGACGUCUGCCAUUACUGUCGACCAGACACACACUCCAGAUGUGACACAAUCUUUGACUAAAGAUAAAAGCAUAUUCAUACCUCACAAUGGGAAU